UUUAAAUUUACGAUUAUUAUCUGUAAUGAUGGAAGGCAGACUGAAGUCGUUUACCUUUGUCUUGACUUUUCUUUUAGCUUUGACCACUGCCAUUGCUAUGCCCUAUUUGGAAUCAUUUUCUUGUCCAGAUAAAGGUUUACCAAUGUGGAAAACCCCAACCGAAAGAUCUAGUAUAACGGAUAUAUGCAAUUUUAUAAUAAACAUAGGCACACUUGCUGUACCCGACUCUGAAACAGCUACAACAAGUGCCAACGCCAUCUAUGAUAUCAUUGUAUAUCUAUCUCUGUCACCUGACGUCGAAAGCCCUACAAGUUCUGCUACGAAACUUGGAACAAUACCUGUUCAAUACAAUUCAAACACAUCCAUUCAAGUUACAUUAGAUACCAUUACGAUGGAUCCAGUUGAAUUCUGUGGAGAUGCUUGUUUUGUGGCCGAACUUCAAAAGACCGAGGGAGGUAAAACAGAAGUUAUCAGUUCCAUGACCUCCAUGUUUCAACUUGCGUGUCUUAAUGAGGACGGUGUGGAUCUCGAGCUAAUAGUCCAGUUUGCCAAUGGAACAGUUAUAAACUUCGCAAAUAACGACAGUUUCGAGACGACUUAUAAAAAUUUUCCACUAAACUAUUUGGAUAAACCAAUCAAAGAUCAAAUACCUGGUGGACUGAAGAUACUGGUGAAGAAUAAUGGAAAUGCUGUAUUCCGUCAAAGGACUGGGAUGAAGAUACUUCAAACAUGGGCCUACCUCCGUGCAUAUAACUAUGAAGACAUGCUGCCGCUAGGUGGCGAACAAACCAACCCUGCAUUACUGCAAUAUAACGUUACUGACAUCAUCGUUCACAAAGGGAACAGGCUGGUAAACCCCACUGGGAAUUUCACAAGCAGCGCCAUUCCACCAGGUGGGGCAAUAGAACUUGACGUGACACAUCUUGUCCUGUGGAGUGAGCGGCAGCCCCACCCUCACUGGGAGUCUUAUCUCAUCAUUGCUGUGGAUCCUCUAAAGUCUGCGACGGACAAUAACAGGAAAAACAAUUAUUUUGUACUGCCCAUGGCGCUGGAAUGUUGUGGUCGGUACAACUCCUACUGUGAGGUAAAGGGAAAUAUUUGGAAAGGUGGAGACAGGGCCUGGGUUACAUACAAUCCGAGGUAUAUGAAUGGCAUAAGAGUAUACGAAUAUAUGCGUGAUAGUAAAUCACUCAAGAAGAUCCAAAUACCUACAGUAUUGACAGAUAUGACCAAAAUGAUAUGGCUGGAACGAGUAACCGAAGUUCUGGCUGACCAAAUGGACCAACAAGAAAUGUGUCCAUUGGACAUGAAGGCUCACACAGAUCCGAUUCUCUUAAUGAUCGGCGAUCUGGCAAGGCAGCUGGAAGAUAAUUUAAAAAAUUCUGUAAAAGCAGAGAUGUCUGAAUGGCAACAAUCUCAGUUGAACAACAUGGCCAGCCUUGCUUCAGUUAUUAGUCGGAUACUGGAGGAAUUGGUGUUUCCAGAAGGGUCACUCCAUAAGUAUCUUUCCGAGAUAGUCACGACGUUUCAGAGUAUAGGUUCAAAUGACCAGUAUGGACCUUUUAACCCAGAUCUUACAAUGAACACGGAUGACCAACAGUCAAGUUGGUCAAGCAUGCACUCUCAGAACAGUGGGUAUUCAGUUGAUUCCACGUAUGUUUCCUCAAUGCCAGAGUAUUCUUCCAUGGGGCUUGACCCGCGUUCUGGAUACCUACCAGACAUGUAUAAAACACCCAUUGACAUAAUUAGGAAUGUAUUAGAAAAUAUGAUUAAUUCCUCUGAACCAUUACCUUAUGUACCAGAAAAUCUGAGAAAAAUCAUCCAAAGGCUGAUGUUGGAAGGCGAAGAAGAAGCCAGACGUCUGAAUCCUGAUAUGCCUUAUGACUUUUUGAAAGACCUGAAGAAUGCAAUGGAAAUGUUUCUGUCAAAACAAAGUAUUGCUCCAGAACUCAUAAUGCCAAUGAUUCAAACUCUUACUAUGACUAAUUUGGACAUUGGCCCUGAGGGAGAGACGAUGGCUUUAAACAAAGUUAAGGCUUUAUUAGCAAUGGUUCAAGGAUACAAGAAGAACGCUACUGUUGGGAGCAAGGAAGAGAAGAUGCUAGAAGUUUGGGAAGCAACACUUGAAACUUCUCUGGCUGGUAAUUUCUGGAAUGAAUGGUACAAAAUUGCAAAAGAACUAAUCAAG